AUGAGGCCUUCUUCCCUUCUGCGCACCUUGUCACUUAAGCUGAUCUCCUCUAAGCUCUCGCCCUCCCCUGUCGCUCCGUGGCCUCCCGUUCGCACCCCCUUCGACCGAUGGAUCGCGGCGGAGCUCGACGAGCUCCGAUUCCCCGCCUUCAGCAGGAAGACGAGCGCUCAGUGGCUGUCCAAGGCCUUGGACCUUGCGGUCGCAGCGCUAGAAAUGAUGGCCAGGUCUGAAGCACUCGCCGGCCCUCGUCUGAGUGCGGCCAACCGGAAGCUGGUCGAGGACUAUCUCGAAGACGUGGUGGAUUUGCUCGACGCGUGCAACGGCCUACGAGACAGGAUGGAGGACAUCAAGGAGUACACCAAUUUGAUCUCCACAGCCACGCAUUACCUAGAAGGAGAGCACGAGCGAGGCGAGGGCGUCAUCCGGCGAGCGACGGCGGCGCUAGCUGCAUGCGAGGCGAUGGAGAAGCGGUGCGCAGAGCUAAAGAAAUGCGGCUCCAGCUUGCGCAAGCUGGGCGAGAGGAUCGCUGCGCACGGUGCGCCGUCAUGUGACGAAACGAGCACAAGUGCCGCCGCCGACGAGCUCCACGAGGCACUCAGCGGUUCUCGGGCUGUGGCGCUGCUGGUCGUCGCCGCCACCGGCAUCGCCCUUUCCUUCAGGACCCGAAGAGGGCUGCCCGUGGUUCACUCGAGCAAGACCGCGCCAUGGGGAGCCAAGCUGCAUGAGCUGCAGAAGGAAGUGAAAGAAGUGUUCGACGCGAGGAGAAGAGGUGGGCUUGUGGUGUUGGAUGAGUUAGAUGCUGCGGCUUCUUCUGCUCGGAGUUUGCGAGAUGCCAUCUCGCGACGAGAUCGGAAGGAGCUAAGAGUCAUUGUGGAUUUGGCCAGGAGGAAAUGUAGGGAGUCGGAAGAGAGGACGAGGCCCCUCGGAGAGAAGGUUGAUGAGCUCUACAGGCAAUUAAUCAGCAUCAGAGUGUCAUUACUGGGGAAGCUCACAGAAACCUAA